AUGGCGCUGUCGUUGUCGCCGCCGCCGCCGCCGCCGCAGGACCGGUGGUCCAUCCUUGCCCGAAUCCCUAAGGUUGUGAAGGACAAGGAGGCGAAGCGCACCUUCCCACCUGGCGCCGACGUCUCCGUCGCCUGCGACGAGCCCCCGCUCGCCUCACUCCUCACCGUGCCGCUCCGCAUCUCGCCCCCGCCCUGCCUUUCCAGCUACCCCUACGUCGCUGCCGCGGACUCCUCCGGCCUGCUCCUCCUCUGCGCCACGGAGCCUCAUGCCGAGGUCACCUACCACCUCUGCCACGCGCGCACCGGCGAGGCCACCCGCCUCGGCGAGCGCCCCGUGGGCUUCUACGGCGCCAGAGCGAGCGUCGGCCUCAUGGUGAAGGGCGGCAGCUGCGUUGUCGCUGAGCUCCUGCCCGCCACCGACGGCACCGGCCGGGCCGCGCUCCUCUGCUACACGGUGGGGCAGUACAAGUGGGUCCUGAAGGAGCUCGACUGCUCGCCCCCGCUGCACCAGGAUUGGUCUGAAGAGGCCGUCGUCUCCUACGGCGGGAUGCUCUGGUGGGUGGAUCUCUCAUACGGCCGCCUCCUCGCCUGCGACCCCUUCACCGACAAGCCGGAGCUGCUACACGUCCCGCUUCCACCAGUCCUCGACCAGCUGCCCGUAGAAUCCUAUACGCUCAACUGGGGCGCUCACCACUGCGUGAUGGUGAGCGGUGGAAAGCUCAGGUACGUGCAGAUCCACGGCAGUCCCGACGCGCCAUUGCUGAGCACGUGGGCGCUCACCGAGGCUAGGAAAUGGAAUCCCGAGCGCAAUGUACCCUUGCAUGACAUCUGGGUGGAGGAGAGCUACCUUGACACCAUGCUGCCAUGGAGCAUCCCUGCACUUGCGCUCCUCCACCCUGCAGACCCCGACAAGCUCUACUUCUUCCUUGGAUCCUGCAUCUUUGCCGUGGACCUGCGGCGGAGGAAGGUUGUGGAAUUCAGUGAAUUUGCUAUGCCUGACCCAGCAAACCCGUACGUCGUACGAUCUUCCCACCUAGUCCAGGCAUGGCAAUAUGAUCCUUCAAGCACCCGGUCUAACACUGUCCUGACAUCCUUGAGGCAGGAGAAGGAGAUUGCUGCUCGGAGCAGGGCUGGGCGUAAAAUUGGUAAUUCAUUGAAGAGGUAUAGGGAUAAUUUUAUCAUGCAGCAACAGAACGAGAUAAAGAUAGUCAACCCACUCUACAAGGAAGCCAUGGAUCUUGCCAGGAAAAAAGAGAGAAGAGUAGGCCGUAGACGCAGGCAAGCUCCAUGAUGGCCCACAUGGUGCAUCUCAUACUGUCUUCUCUAAUAAAAAAAACACAAUUUCUAAUUCCUGGCUGACCACGAUCUGAAUUCCAGCAAGCUCACAGUGUU